CAAGAAUAUUCAUGGAUGGUUUUUUAGACAUCGAUGAUUCUUUAGACAUCGACAUCAAAGAAGGACAUGGAUACGCGAGAGAGAGUUUUUUGUUUUUGUUUUUUAUGACUUUGAGCCGGCGAAUACAGUGAUGGUUGCACAACUUUGAUUCGACGGAAAUUCCCCCCUUGUUUUUUUGGGUUUAUUUGAAUUAUCUCCUCGUCCUACACGCCCGCUCCAUUUCACCGCUCUUCAUCAUGGCCAUGAAUGAUAUCGGUAAUCCCUUGAAGAAAUUCAAGCUUGUGUUUCUCGGUGAACAAAGCGUUGGCAAAACCUCGCUUAUUACCCGGUUUAUGUACGAUACUUUUGACAAUACUUACCAAGCAACGAUCGGCAUUGAUUUUCUAUCAAAAACCAUGUAUUUGGAUGACCGAACGAUCCGUUUGCAACUGUGGGACACUGCUGGUCAGGAACGGUUCCGCUCACUGAUCCCAAGCUAUAUUCGAGAUUCAUCCGUGUGUGUAGUUGUAUAUGAUAUCACAAAUCGAAACUCAUUUGUCAAUACGUCACGGUGGAUCGAUGAUGUGAGAGCGGAAAGAGGCACCGAUGUUAUUAUUGUUCUGGUGGGCAACAAGACGGAUCUGAACGAUAAACGACAAGUGACCGUUGAAGAUGGCGAGAAAAAGGCCAAAGAUUACAAUAUCAUGUUUGUGGAAACAAGUGCCAAGGCAGGAUACAAUGUCAAAGCCUUGUUUCGCAAGAUCGGACAUGCAUUACCAGGAAUGGAGAAUAGCACAGACGACGGUCAAAGAGAACAAUUAACCAAGGUGGAUCUCAGUGAGACAUCAGCGAUAAAACAAGAAAGCAGUUACUGUGCAUGCUAAGGAAAAAGAGAGGGAGAAAAAAAAGAAAGCAAAGAGU